AUGCAUCUGAGCUUUACUUUUCUUGCUUCAAUUGCCCUCCAAGCCGGCUUUACCAAAGCCGCCGGCAAGGAUGCCAACCUCACAGUUGCUCUUGUCAGAGCACCACCCCCUGCUUGGCCUUUGCCAGUGUACAGUUAUGACUGGGCCGACAUCAAGCCCCAACUUGAACUCUUCGAUCGACCAGGGUUCCCCAAGGGGUCGGGGUACAACAACUGGACCAAAACACACCUUCCCACCUACAUCGAGAACACGAUGGUCGUCGGCGGCCCAGAAUGGAAACGCCUCGUAUCUACCGUUCAAGAAACCAAGCUCUACGCCGGUAUCAACUUUGCUCAAAGGAUCGGCGAUAACCUCUACAUGGCUCAAGCCCUUAUCUCCCCUUUGGGCGACGAAUUGAUCUUCCGACACAAACUCCGCCCAUCGGGAGUCGAGCGGGACAUUUUCAGUGAUGGCACAAUGGACCAGCUCAAGGUGAUCACUUCUGCCUACGUUCGAGUCGGAAUGCUAGAGUGUGGUGAGAACUGGUAUCCCAGUAUGACAUUCCCCAUGCAAGCACACGUCGAGAAUUUCCAUCUGGGCCCCUUCCCAUACAUGGGCGACCGGGGUGAUGACAAUUACCUGUGGUGGGAGGAAGCAGAGGCGAAUAGUGGAGCAGUUGGUCUCUACUCGAAUCUGGCUGGUGCCUAUAGCUUCGUUGCAGCUGUUGGGCAUAGCUUCGUUAGCAGCCCGCUUGCUCAGGUCGUGGCUUCUAUUAGUGCCAAUGCGAGCUUCGAAGAUCAUCCUAUGCUUUAUCACAGUCUUGAUACUACUUCUUUCGACAAGUCAGAGACUUAUGACUCUGAUUCUCAGGCUUCGUAG